AUGAGAAACCACACAAGAGUGACAGUGUUCAUCUUGGUGGGUUUGACUGAUGACCUACAAUUGAAAGGUGUGCUCUUUAUCUUCCUGCUUCUCACCUACUUGCUAAGCAUCACUGGCAAUCUGAUCAUCAUCACACUCACCCUGGUGGAUUCCCACCUUAAGAACCUCAUGCAUUUUUUCAUCAGGAAUUUUUCCUUCUUAGAAAUUUCCUACACUACUACAUACAUUCCUAAAUUGCUAGUUGUUAUGGCAACUGGAGACCAUACGAUUUCCUAUAAUAAUUGUAUCACUCAAGUGUUUUUUGCCUUCCUACUUGGAGCAUCAGAAUUUUACUUACUGGAAGCAAUGUCCUAUGACCGCUGUGUGGCCAUCUGCAAGCCCCUGCAUUACACAACCAUCAUGAGCCACAGAAUCUGCACACAGCUCGUUCUCAGCUCUUGGCUUGCUGGCUUUUUGGUCAUCUUUCCACCACUGGUAAUAGGACUAAAUAUUGAUUUCUGUGCCUCCAACGUUGUUGAUCAUUUUUACUGUGACACUACUCCCCUCCUGCAGAUUUCCUGCACAGACACACAGCUCCUGGAGACAAUGGGAUUUGCCUCAGCUUUGGUGACACUGUUGGUCACACUAAUGUUGGUGAUAAUGUCCUACACUUUUAUUACUGUGACAAUUUUUAAAAUCCCUUCAACUAGUCAGAGGAAAAAGGCUUUUUCCACAUGUUCUUCUCAUAUGAUCGUGCUAUCCCUGUCAUAUGGCAGCUGCAUCUACAUGUAUGUUAAACCAUCAGUCAAACAAAGGAUUUCUUUUUCCAAGGGAAUUUCAGUGCUGAACACUUCAGUUGCUCCACUUUUGAAUCCUUUUAUCUAUACCUUACAGAAUGAGCAAGUGAAGAAAGCCUUCAUUAAUACAAUACACAGGAUUGAUCAUUCUCAAAAAAAUGAAUUGAAUAUUCUAUUUUAUUGUAUAAAGGAAGUAAAUAAAAGACUCAAGUAA